CCUUUUUUUUCAUUCAGACACCUAAACUAAGUUAAAUACAUUUUCUUAAUUACCCUUUUGAUCUGGUUCAGGUAAACAUCUGAUUUUACUAAGAAGUUAAAGAUUCCUGUUGGUAAACAUCUGAUUUUACUUAGAAGUUAAAGAUUCCAGUUGGCUGAGUUUGCUCCAUCCUCUUCAGUAUUCUCUAGUUCAUUAAAAAGAGCAGGGAAUGCUGAAAGAUGUGCUUAAAAGCUAGGAAGUCUUUCUCUGAGAUUGAAGCUCUAUUGGAGCUAUCCUCUAAAAUCAAUGAGAUUGCACCGAUAGUUCAACUUCUUCAAGAUUCACUCAUCAAAUGCCAAACCCGACUAGAUUCUUUUGGGGUCAAAUUGUAUCUUAUCACCAUCUCAGUGAAGAUGGUUGAGUUAUUCAAUUCUUGAUAUAUCUUGCAUCUUAUGUAAAAAUAUUGCGUUUCAUAGCUAGUUUAAUUACUCGGGCUUGUUGAAGUUGAGAGAUGGAGAGUAAGGUGAGUAUACUAAUGGAAAGGUAUGAGAUAGGGAAAUUGUUAGGACAAGGCACUUUUGCUAAGGUCUAUCAUGCAAGAGACCUCAAAACUAGCAUGAACGUAGCCAUUAAGAUGAUCGAUAAGGAGAAGAUUGUAAAAGUUGGGAUGAUUGAUCAAAUCAAACGCGAGAUUUUAGUCAUGAGAUUGGCUAGGCAUUCUAAUAUCGUGCAGCUCUACGAGGUGAUGGCAACCAAAAAGAAGAUUUAUUGUGUAAUGGAAUAUGUCAAAGGAGGAGAACUAUUUAACAAAGUGGCUAAAGGGAAGUUAAAAGAAGAUAUUGCAAGGAAGUGUUUUCAGCAACUGAUUAGCGCUAUUGAUUUCUGUCAUAGUAGAGGUGUUUAUCACAGAGACCUAAAACCAGAAAAUCUAUUGCUCGACGAAAAUGGGAAUCUAAAGAUUUCGGAUUUUGGAUUGAGUGCCCUAGUAGAAUCUAAACGCCAAGACGGUUUACUUCAUACUUCAUGUGGGACACCAGCUUAUGUUGCACCAGAAGUGAUAAACAGGAAGGGCUAUGAUGGUGCUAAAGCUGAUAUUUGGUCAUGUGGGGUUAUAUUAUAUGCACUUUUGGCCGGAUAUCUCCCUUUCCUUGAUUCAAAUCUAGUGAAGAUGUACAAAAAGAUUGGUAAGGCUGAGUUCAAAUGUCCUAACUGGUUCCCUCCUGAUGCUCGUAGGCUAAUAUCGAAAAUAUUAGAUCCAAAUCCUAACACAAGAAUUUCCAUUUCCAAGAUAAUGGAGAAUUCUUGGUUCAAGAAAGGGUUGCAGCUGAUCAAACCUAUAAAAGCUGAAGAGGCAGCAACUGAUGAUGCAAUUUUUAGUGUUUGUGAGAAAACAGAUGAGCAAAAGCCAGCACACUUGAAUGCAUUUGAUAUUAUCUCUUUCUCAAGUGGCUUUGACUUGUCUGGUUUGUUUGAAGAAAGAAACAAAAAGAGGGAAGUAAUAUUUACAUCAAAGCAACCGGCGAAAACAAUCAUCUCAAAGCUAGAGGAUGUAGCUAAGCGUUUAAAGUUGAAGGUGAUGAAAAAGGAUGGAGGGGUAUUAAAGUUGGAAGGAUGUAAAGAAGGAAGAAAAGGGGUGUUGACGAUCGAUGCAGAAAUCUUUGAGGUAACUCCAAAUUUUCACUUUGUUGAGGUGAAGAAAUCGAACGGAGAUACGAUAGAGUACAAGAAGAUGAUGGAGCGGGAUAUAAGACCUGCAUUGAAAGACAUUGUAUGGACUUGGCAAGGUGAGGAACAGAACUCAUUUGACACCAAUUCACCUCAGAAUGCAUAAUAGAGUACUACCAUUCUGCUGUAACUUGAACUUUUCCAUUUUCUGUGCUGUUAGUGGUGUACUUAUAUAUUAAACCUAGAAAUUAUGUCCAUUCUGUAAUUUCUUUUA